CCACACCUAUCGUCGACAUCAUAAGUAUUAUCGGAUAAGUAGGUGGGAGAAUAUUGAUUGCUCUAAAGCCAAGGGCUAAAGAGUUUUGGUUUGACACAGAGAGGAAUGAGUAACUGUCACCGUUGUUUUAAUGAGAAUUGCACAUAGUGCUACCAUAACAUGUAUUUUCAACAUUUUUUUUUUGGCUGGAGCCUGAUGAGGGAACUGAGAAAUCUCCUUACAACACUGCAAGUCUGUUUGGGUUCAGCGGAUUGCCUUAGCAAAGAAACUGCUCGCGUUUAUGUGUGCAACGUUGGGGGUGGAGACUCCUUUGCUAACAGCAUUAAGAAGAGUGGAUUUUGGGAUUCACCCUGUACUCAAGCUCUCUUCUUGGUGUUAAGAAUUGCUAAUUAUCCAUGAAGCUGUAUUUACGUUGAUGUCGGCUCCUAAAGCCCCCCAAAGGGAAUGUACAGUGACAUCAGCAAUGGUAGACAGCGAAGGCUCUGUUUUGGUGUUUUCCAGCAACGGAGUAGAAAAUCAGGAGGAUGAUGACCAGGUUUCCGAAUACCCAGCGGUGAUUGUGGAGCCAGUCCCGAGUGCUAGACUAGAGCAGGGAUAUGCAGCCCAAGUCCUAGUUUACGACGAUGAGACUUAUAUGAUGCAAGAUGUGGCGGAAGAACAAGAAGUUGAAACCGAGACUGUGGAAUCAGUGGAAGCGUCGGUUCAUGGCAGCAAUGUUCACUGCCCAGAUAAGACUAUUGAAGCCGCAGAAGCUCUCCUUCAUAUGGAGUCUCCUACCAGCUUGAGAGAUGUCAGAAGUCCAGUGGAAGUCUUUGUUCCUCCAUGUGUGUCAACGCCAGAGUUUAUCCAUGCUGCUAUGAGGCCGGAUGUCAUCACAGAGACUGUGGUGGAAGUGUCAACCGAGGAAUCGGAACCAAUGGAUGCCUCUCCAGUCCCGACUUCACCCGAUAGCCAUGAGCCAAUGAAAAAGAAGAAAGUUGGCCGAAAACCCAAGAGUCAGCAGUCAACUCUUUCCAACGGGUCUCCCGAGUUAGGGGUAAAGAAGAAGCCCAGAGAAGGCAAAGGAAACACAACAUACCUGUGGGAGUUUCUUCUAGAUCUUCUCCAGGACAAAAAUACCUGUCCACGGUAUAUCAAGUGGACACAGAGAGAGAAGGGCAUAUUCAAGCUCGUGGAUUCGAAGGCCGUCUCCAAACUCUGGGGCAAGCACAAGAACAAACCUGACAUGAAUUACGAGACUAUGGGCAGGGCCCUGAGAUACUACUACCAAAGGGGGAUUCUUGCCAAGGUCGAGGGGCAGAGACUCGUGUACCAAUUCAAGGAGAUGCCCAAGAACAUAGUAGUCAUAGAUGACGACAAAAGCGAACCCUGCAAUGAAGACUUUGCCACGGUUGCUGACGAGAAGUCAUUAGAACGGGUCUCGCUGUCCGCGGAGAGCUUUUUGAAAGCCGCCUCGGCUGUACGGAGUGGAAAGAACUCGUCUCCUUUAAACUGUACCAGGACAGAAAAGGCUGUAGCCAGAGUUGUGAAUAUUACCUCGCCCGGACACGACGCUUCAUCUCGGUCUCCCACCACCACCUCCACCUCGGUGUCGGCAACCCCAGCCCCAAGGACGGUGCGGGUGGCGAUGCAAGUGCCUGUCGUAAUGACCUCCUUGGGACAGAAAAUUUCCACUGUGGCGGUCCAGUCCGUCAACGCGGGGUCGCCCUUGCUCACCGGCACCAGCCCCACCGCCGCGGGCACCCCAAAGGUCGUCAUUCAGACAAUCCCCACCGUGCUGCCGGCCUCGGCCGAAAACGGAGACAAGAUCACCAUGCAGCCCGCCAAAAUCAUCACCAUCCCGGCCACGCAACUCGCCCAGUGCCAACUGCAGACCAAGGCGGGGCUGGCGGGGUCCGGGAGCAUUAACAUCGUGGGGACCCCCGUGGCCGUGAGGGCCCUCACGCCCGUGUCCCUGGCCCACGGGACCCCGCUGGUGCGGCUGUCGGUGCCCGCUCAGCAGGCCCCGGCACCCCCGCCCCGGGUCGUCGGAGCCGUCGUCAAGGGGCCGGAGGGCAAGGCGGACCCCGGGGCCCCAAAGCGGGACCACGAAGUGAAAACGUUGCAGCUGGUGCAGGAGGAGAAGCCGGCCGACGGCGGCAAGACCGUGACGCACGUGGUGGUCGUCAGCGCCCCCUCCACCAUCGCCCUGCCCGUCACCAUGAAGACAGAAGGAAUCGUGACGUGUGACAAGUGAGCCCGGGGGCCACGGCGCGGACUUGGGGCGGGGUGGGGGGGCGAGAAGUUCUUUGUUUUUUGGUUGUUUGUUCUGUUUUUUUAACUUUUUAAAUACUUAUAAGAAAACAAUCAGACUUACUGGACUUCAGUUACCUACCCCAUGUUUCAGUGGGGAACGAACGAACUCCAGAUGGAGAUGCUGACAGAAAACUGCCUCUUACAGUAGAAAUAACUGCACCCCCCUCCCCCCACAGGGGGAGAAAUGAGGGAGGGAAGGAGGGAGGGAGGGAGGAGUCAAAGGGACCAAGCCGUUCACUACAGGAUCAAGUUACACUAAGCCUUGGAACACUAAUUCUCGAAGGAGGCAAGAUCAAGUUUUUUCUUGGGGGGGGUUGUGGGGGGAGGGCAGGACAGGGAAGGGUGGUCUCAUUGUUACAAACAGCAACUCUUGAUGCAUUUUAAUAUGCAAACCAGCAAUUACUACUGUGUACGCACAGUACCCACUUAACUGGUGCUAUGUGAAGAUUUUUGCUAAUCUAGAUAUUUUAGAAUGUGAAUUUGAAGGAGAGUCUAAAGAGACAAGAGGAGAGAGAGAGAGACCGAGGGGGGAUUUUUUGUAUCAUACCUUUCGAGAUGAUUUAAAACGAAAGCCUUAGACUGAUUUUCAGUUUUCUUUCUUGAAAUAAGCUAAUGGCUUGUUUGUGUAAAGCUUUUUUUUUUUUUUAUUAAAAGAAAAUUUUAAAAAAUCUUGUACCUAGCACAGUAUUGUUAUAGACUUUACAUGUAACAUAUUUUGUACGGUAGUUUAAGUCUGUCAUAAUUUCUUCAUCGUGGACAAGUUAGCAGGUGGCCAGCUCUGGGCCUUUUGCUUUAACAUGCCUGUCUCACUCACUUAGCCUCAGCCCUGUGCAUCCAUUUCAGAUUCAGCUCUACCCUGUCACUUGGAAGUUCACGCUAAGCAUGAAUGGGUCAGGUUAGUCCUUAACCUGUAAUUUUUUUUUUUUUUUUUUUUUUAUUUUGAGGGAAAGUACCAGUGUUCAGAAUGAACUAUAAUAGUUUGUAUAUUCAACAUUUGAAGUAUAUUCUAUUUUGUUGUACUCUUGUUUCAAAGUGUAUUCAAGUAGGUUUUACUGAAAUAUAGAAAAAUUUAAUUCAG